AUGAACAAAAAAGUAUCGCUCGAGAUGGGAGGAAAAAAUGCUGCCAUCAUUUAUCCUUCAUGCGAUCUUGAUCAGCACUUGCCAGUAAUCGCCAGGUCUUGCUUCAUCAAUCAAGGAGAAAUCUGCCUAUGUUCGAGCAGGAUAUUCGUUCACGCAGCUAUAUAUGAAAAAUUUGUAAAACGACUAGUAGAGGAAGCAAAAAAGGUCAAAUUGUACAUCUCGUACGCUGAAAAGGAAGGUGGUAAAGUGCACUGCGGCGGAGAAGUCAGCAUGGACGGCAAUCUGAAGAAUGGAUACUACAUCGCUCCAACAGUUAUAACGGGUCUUGAAGAUUCUUCUCGUUGUAUGCAAGAAGAAAUUUUCGGUCCAGUCGUCUGUGUCACACCAUUCCAAUCGGUUGAGGAGGUCAUAUCCCGAGCCAAUGCUACCCCAUAUGGACUAUCUGCGACAGUGUGGAGCGAAAACGCCAAAGAACUUAUCAAUACAGCACAUGGUCUCCGAGUUGGCACAGUUUGGUGUAAUACGUGGCUGACUCGCGAUCUCAACAUGCCUUUUGGAGGAACGAAGGAAUCUGGUAUGGGACGCGAAGGAGCUUUCGACUCAAUUCAUUUCUUCACUGAACAAAAGACCGUGUGUAUCAGGCUCUAG